AUGAGGAGGAGGAGAAGAAUCAAGAGAAGAAGAAUGAGGAGGGAGGAGAAGGAGGAGAAUGAGGAGGAGGAGAAGAAGAACAAUGAGGAGGAGGAGAAGAACAAUGAGGAGGAGGAGAAGAAUGAAGAGAACAAGAAUGAGGAGGAGAAGAAGAAGGGGAGGGAGGAGGAGAAGAAGAAUGAGGAGGAGGAGAAGAAGAAUGAGGAGGAAAAGAAGAAUGAGGAGGAGGAAAAGAAGAACAAUGAGGAGGAGAUGAAGAAGAAUGAGGAGGAGGAGGAGGAGGAGGAGGAGGAGAAGAAGAAUGAGGAGGAGGAGGAGAAGAAGAGGAAGAAUGAGGAGGAGGAGGAGGAGGAGGAGGAGGAGAAGAAGAAUGAGGAGCUGGAGGAGGAGAAGAAGAAGAAUGAGGAGGAGGAGGAGGAGAAGAAGAGGAAGAAUGAGGAGGAGGAGGAGGAGAAGAAUGAGGAGGAGGAGGAGAAGAAGAAGAGGAAGAAUGAGGAGGAGGAGAAGAAGAAGAAUGAGGAGGAGGAGGAGAAGAAGAAGAAGAAUGAGGAGGAGGAGGAGGAGGAGGAGGAGGAGGAGGAGAACAAGAAGAAGAAUGAGGUGGAGGAGGAGGAGAAGAAGAGGAAUAAUAAGGAGGAGGAGGAGAAGAAGAAUAAGGAGGAGGAGGAGGAGGAGGAGGAGAAGAAUGAGGAAGAGGAGGAGGAGAAGAAGAGGAAGAAUAAGGAGGAGGAGAAGAAGAGGAACAAUGAGGAGGAGGAGGAGGAGGAGAAGAAGAAGAACAAUGAGGAGGAGGAGGAGGAGGAGGAGGAGGAGGAGAAGAAUGAGGAGGAGGAGAAGAGGAAGAAUGAGGAGGAGGAGGAGGAGGAGGAGGAGGAGGAGGAGGAGGAGGAGAAGAAGAAGAAGAAUGAGGAGGAGAAGAAGAGGAAGAAUGAGGAGGAGGAGGAGGAGGAGAAUGAGGAGGAGGAGGAGAAGAAGAAUGAGGAGGAGAAGAAUAAGGAGGAGGAGGAGGAGGAGGAGAAGAAGAAGAAUGAGGAGGAGGAGGAGGAGGAGGAGGAGAAGAAUGAGGAGGAGGAGAAGAAGAGGAAGAAUGAGGAGGAGGAGGAGGAGGAGGAGGAGGAGGAGGAGGAGGAGGAGGAGAAGAAGAAUGAGGAGGAGGAGGAGGAGGAGGAGGAGGAGGAGGAGGAGGAGGAGGAGAAGGAGAAGAAGAAUGAGGAGGAAGAAGAAGGUGAGGGAGAAGAGAAAAGAGGACAAGAAAGUUGA